AUGGCGUCUUCUGGUAAUGGCGGGACAGGAGAUAGCCUGUUCAAAGGCGCAAAGUUUUGGCUGUCCCAGACUGUUCCGCAAAGGCUCAGGUUUAAAGAAAUGAUAGCGAAACAUGGUGGCACGGUGGUGCUUAUGGAGAAAGAUGCCGACGUGAAGCUGGUAGAUCACGCAAAGAAAGGCAUUCCUCCUGAUACAUAUUCCUAUCGAUAUGUUGAACGGUCCAUUCUAAAUGGCCGGCUUGAAGACCUUGAAGCACACCGAGCUGGGACAUCCAGACCUCGUCCGACUGGGGCAACUCACAUUGCUACCAAAGGCACCAGACAACCCUUCACCUUGAAAGAUGACCAGAUCCUGUUUGACUGGAUUGCGCAUAUUGAGAAAAAAGAGCCUGGAGCGCCUCUCAGCGGUAACAAAGUAUACAUAGAACUAGAACAACUUUGCCCUCGUCAUUCAUGGCAAUCGUGGCGUACUCGAUAUGUGAGGCAGCUGCGUGGCAAGCCUCGGCCUGGUGGUGGAGUUCCCCAAUCCCACCCUGAGUUUAUGCAAGCUGCCCCAUCCAGUUCAAAACGAAAGCGAGAUUCAGGCCCCAAACCAGUCGACAAAGCUCAGGCAGCUGAUUCCUCCUCAAAAAGGAGAGCAGUUGAUACUGCUUCUAGCUUUGCUCAGCCCAGACCUCGUGUGCCGUCCCCUGGUGGGUCAACCCCAUCAAAUAUGGCAGCAAAAUCGGCGGCUGGGCCUCAAUCCAGAGACGCUGUCUCCCCGUCUCCAACGGCAAGGGCACAUGGUAUCCGUGGAGACCCCACCCCCUUCCAGGUCCCAAGUCCUUUCGCAAACACUCGUCGUGGAAACCUUGCAUUCCCGCCACCACCUUUCAAUACGACACAACAACCAAUUCCCGUUUCACGGCCAAGAGGAGACAACGCCUUUGCACAGUCGGGUCGGUUCAAGAAACAGCCAAACAAGGACAGACCCCAAGUCGACGAUCCCUUCAAAGACCCAGUGGACGCCGUUUUCUUAGAGCUACCGUUCUUUCCGUCAAGUCCAACACCAGAUGUGAUGGACGAUGACACUAGCGACGGACCAGACGUAGACACCUGGAUCGAUGAACGGCUAAGUUGGGGCAUUGAUGAGAAUCACGUUUUUGACGCAUUGCGCUGCACGAGUAUGGUUCCGGAUAUGGCUGAUAAAGUCCUGAAACACCUCGCUGCUGGAAAUGGGAUCCCCGAGGGCAUACCUGGGGUGUGGACGGCAGAUGAUGAUCGAUGUCUACAGGCAGAAGAACGUGCAAACGUGGAACGAGCGUUGACGAAGCAUGGUGCUGAGUUCGUGAAGGAGCGAUGGGAGUACUACAGAAUGGCACGGGAGGCGGGCCUCAUUUAG